AGAGAUCACGCCACAGCCAGGCUGAAAUGCCCUGCGGUCCCUCCACGCGCCCGUUCGAGGCCAGCCCAGCUGCACUGACCGGAACGUCAAGGUACCAUCCCUCGUCUCUCACACACCCCACCAUCACCCUCCCGUUAUGGGACUCAAGCGCUCACGCUCGGACUCGCUGCCGUCCUCAGACCUCCCCGCAACACCCUCCUCGCGCGCCCACUCUGUAGAAGCCAAGCUCGUGCACCUCGAUCGCGACGCAGCGAGCGCCGUGUCUGACCACCCCGCCGUCAUGAAGUGCUCGCUGCCGCCCCACGGGCCUCUCUCCUUCGCCUCCUUCGAGGCUUAUGACGUGCACUACCAGCAGGCGCAUAUGAAUCGCUGCUCAGAUUGCCAGCGGAACUUCCCGGACGCCCACUUCUUGGGUCUGCACAUUGCUGAGAACCACGAUCCCAUCAGUGCGGCGAGGCGGGACCGCGGGGAGAAGACGUAUGCCUGCCUCGUUCCUGACUGCGAUCGCCUCUGCUCAACGCCACACAAGCGGCGCCUGCACUGUAUAGACAAGCACCAAUUUCCAAGGGAGUACGACUUCUUCGUUGUGAAUGAUGGCAUCGACCGCCGUAACUCCAUGCUUAGGCCGCCCCAUCGCAGGCGCUCGAGCACAAUGAAUUCGACCACGUCUACCACCAGCAGGAGACGGGCCAGUGAAGCUAACGGCGAAGCUGUGGAACUUGUCAAAGACGAGGACGUCAGGGACAACGACGAAGAGGAAGACAAGGAGACAGAAGCCAAAGAUAGUCCAAGGGCGCCGGUGAAGCUACGGGGAAGAGGAGGAUUCACCCACCCAAGGGGAAGCCGUGAUUCAGGUCGCGGUCGCGGUCGCGGAAGUGGAGAGUCAUCAACAGCUCAGACAUCCACUCAGACAGCAAUGGACGGGCUUGCGUCCAGCAUGUCUGCACUACAAUUUGUGCCUCACAGCCUGUAUUCGCGAGGGAGAGGGAGAGGCCGUGGAGGUUGACGUAUUGCUCUAUAGAUUCUGCAAGUGCUGUCGAAGACGAAUGACGUAAACAAGUAUUCGAAAAUUAAUCCU